AUGGAUUUUGAAGAAGCAGAAGAUAUCAACGGUGUUAGGUUUGCCUGGAAUGCAUUCCCCUCCACCAAGGUAGAAGCCGGCAAGAUUGUUGUUCCCACAGGUGCGCUCUACACUCCAUUGAAACAACGUGAAGAUUUGCCCAUUGCUGCGUAUGAUCCCAUUUACUGUUCAAACCAGACAUGUAAAUCGAUAUUGAACCCCUAUUGUGCCGUUGAUCCUAAUGGGUUUUGGCGGUGUCCUUUGUGUCAAGGUAGAAAUCCUUUGCCUGCCCAUUACCACGGUAUCAAUCCAGAGAAUUUGCCAUUGGAAUUGCAAAACACUAGUUCUACUGUUGAGUAUAUAAACUCGAGACCAGUUCAAAACCCACCAAUUUUCACAUAUGUUAUUGAUUUGUGCCAAGAUGAAGAUAACUUGCAAUCAUUGAUUGAGAAUAUAAUUGUUGGGUUCAAUCAUUUACCACCAAAUGCAUUAAUCGGUUUGAUCACUUAUGGAACCAUGGUCCAAGUUCACGACUUGGGAUCGGAAAAGAUCAACAAGAGUUAUAUAUUCCGUGGUGACAAGGAAUAUACUGAUAAGCAAAUUAGUGACAUGUUGAACAACCCAGUGACUCCAGUGUUGAACCAACAACAGCAGCCACAACAACCGUUAGCAAACUCAUUGACUCGAUUCUUUUUGCCAUUGGAGGAUGUUGAGUUUCAAUUGACUACAAUUUUGGAAAAUUUGGGUAAGGAUCCAUGGGCAGUUGCCAACGGUGCCAGACCUUUGAGAUGUACUGGUAGUGCAUUGAAUGUCGCAGUCAACUUGUUGGGAUUAACAUUCCCUGGAUUUGGAGCUAGGGUUAUGUUGUUUUCAGCUGGACCGGGAACUUUGAACCCAGGUAUGAUCGUUGGAAACCAAUUGAAGGAACCUAUUAGAUCACACUCUGAUAUCGAUAAGGACAAUGCCAAACACUUUAAAAAGGCAGUCAAGUUUUAUGAUGCGAUUGCUGCCAAGGCCGUCAAAAACAGUCACGCAGUGGAUAUAUUUGCUGGUUGUUACGAUCAAAUCGGUAUGUUGGAGAUGAAGAACUUGUGUAAUACCACUGGUGGUACCUUGUUGUUAUCUGAUGCAUUUACUACGUCCAUCUUUAAACGAUCAUUUUUAAGAUUGUUCAACAAAGAUGAGGAUGGAUAUUUGUUGAUGGGAUUCAACGCCUCUUUUGAAGUGAGAACUUCAAAAGAAUUGAAAGUAAGCGGUCUCAUUGGCCAUGCUUCCUCUUUGGGAGUCAAGUCAGCAAAUGUUUCUGAAAAUGAAUUGGGUCUAGGUGGAACAUCAACCUACCGCCUUUGUGCUACAUCACCAAGACACACAUAUGCUGUAUUCUUUGACGUGGCAAACACACAACAACUACCACCAACAGCUCAGAGCUAUGUACAAUUUAUUACCCACUACCAACACGCCAGUGGUACUUAUAGAACCAGAGUAACCACCGUAUCAAACUACUUGACGAGUGACGAGCAAACACUCACCAACUCAUUUGACCAAGAAGCAGCAGCCGUUUUGAUGGCGAGAGUCACUUUAUUCAAAGCUGAACAAGAUGAUGGUGCUGAUGUUCUUAGAUGGAUCGAUCGUAUGCUCAUUCGUUUAUGUCAAAAAUUUGCCGACUACAGAAAAGAUCAAGAGGAGAGUUUCCGUUUAGGACAACAGUUUCAAUUGUACCCGCAAUUUAUCUACUAUUUGCGAAGAUCGCAAUUCUUGCAGGUGUUUAAUAACUCGCCCGAUGAAACUGUGUUUUAUAGACACGUCUUGUUGACUGAAGAUACCAACAACUCCUUGAUUAUGAUCCAACCAACAUUGACGUCAUUCACAUUGGAAGGUGAACCAGAAGCAGUUCUAUUAGAUUCAGUAUCCAUCAGAGACGAUCGUAUCUUGUUGUUGGAUACAUUUUUCCACAUUUUAAUUUUCCACGGUAAGACUGUUGCUGCUUGGCGUAAAGCUGGUUAUCAAGACCAAGAAGAGUAUGCCAAUUUCAAAGAAUUGUUGGAUGAGCCAAAACAGGAAGCGGCUGAGUUGUUGGCUGAUAGAUACCCAUUGCCCAGAUUUAUCGAUACUGAAGAAGGUGGCUCGCAAGCGAGAUUCUUGUACUCAAAAUUGAAUCCUAGUGUUACUUACAACACCAAUGAGAUGAUUGGUGGUCUGGGCUUGGGAGGUGCUGGUGGUGCAAUUGUUUUGACCGAUGAUGUCAGUUUGCAAGUGUUUAUGAGCCAUUUGCAAAAGUUGGUAGUUAGUGGAUCUAGUUAG